GGGAUCCCCAAAGGGCGGCGCGGCUUGGCGAGCAGAGCCGCCUCCCCUCCAGGCCGAAAGCGAACGCGGGGCUUUUCUGGCCUCCUCAGCCAGCCGGCCGGCCGGCCGCUGGAACGAAGCGCCUUUUCCUUCGCGGCCUCACCAAGGCCGGUCUCCAAGGGGCGGAGGUCGGCUCAGGCUCGGCCCGUUGCCCUCAGCGGGCCUCCUCGCGCGGGAAAAGGCGAGGCCGGCGGCGGCGGCUGCUCUCGAAGGCGGAACCCUCCGCGCGGCUCCCCGGUCCCCGCCCGGGCUUCUUCCGCAGCCGGACCGCGAGGGACGGAGAUGAGGGCCGGGCUGGGGCUGGGGCUGGGGCGGGCGGCGAUGGCGCUCUCCUGCCGCCGGGGCCCCGCCGCGGCCUGCCGCCUCCUCCUCCUGCCGGCCGCGCCUCAGGGCCAGCCCGGCCGGCUCGGGCCUCCUCGGCCGGCGGCCUCCUCCUCGCCCCCGCGGCCGCCCGCGCGGGCCCUCAGCGGCGACUCGGAGCGGGGCGGCGGGCGGCGGGGGCAACGGAGCGUGGUGGUGGUGGGCGUCCCCAACCCGCUGAUGUGGCUCCGCACCCGCCUGUACUUCUUCCUCAUCCGCGCCUACUUCGACCAGGAGUUCAGCAUCCAGGAGUUCACGGAGGGCGCCAAGCAGGCCUUUGCGCUUGUUUCGAGGUUGAUAUCCCAGUGCAAAUACGAUUUGCUGGAGGAGUUGAUAUCAAAUGAGGUGCUUCAGGUGCUAAAGGAGAAGCUUUCUUUGCUGCCUGAAGACCACAGAAGCGCCCUAGCUGCUGACGUGGAUGAAAUAAUGUAUACGACGGCAGGAGAUGUCGGCAUUUACUACGAUGAAAGUGGAAGGAAGUUCGUUAGUAUCCUGAUGCGUUUCUGGUAUCUGACUAGUGCCGACCUCCCUGACGAGACUCCAGAUGGAACCAAAGUUUUCCAGGUUGUGUUUGGCGAUGAAACAACAAAAGAAACGAAACGCCUCUUAACGGCAAACUAUGAAUUCCGAAGAGAAUUUACACAAGGAGUAAAACCAGACUGGAUGAUUACACGAAUUGAACACCCGAAACUCUUAGAAUAAAUUCACUGAACACUCAUUUUCAUGGACAAUUAUCGAUAUGUGGCAUAUCGAGCAUCUCAAGAUGGGAGUGGCACGGUCUCUUGUGGGCUAAUUUUGUACUUGUUUUCCAAAUACAGUAUAUUGCUGUGAUGCGUAACAAUAAAAUCUUUUCCACCAGUCUCA